AAUCUACACUGUAAAUGAAUAUCGCUAGGUAUAUUACUAUAGUAAUGGUAUACUCUUAAGCAGAUGCAUACUUGCCAAACUCAUGAUAGAUAACUGAUUUGUAUCAUGCAAGUGUUGCCAAAUAUUAGUGUAUGUAGUGUUGUGUUGACAUUUUUGAAAAAUCCCUAAAAUAUAUCAAAAAUUACAAAAUUCCUUUUCUGUUACUGUCACAAUUAAGUAUUGAAAUUAUGUAUUAGUUUAUUAGUUUAGUUCUGUUCUUUGACAUUUGGCCCAAAAAAACAGCUACCCCAAUAUGUCUGGUCACAUAGAUGCCAGGAAAACUUUUACUGCAAUUAUAAUAUUAAUAGUAAAGAAGAGAGAUUGUAGAGAAUUUUUAGUGAACUUUUAAAACUCUCUUUAGGAACAAAUAGCAGCAUUAUUGGCUGCAGAAGAAGAAAGGAAGAAAUUAGAAGAACUUGAACAAAAGAAAAUGGAAGAUGAAAAAGAAAGAAAAGAAAAAGAAAAGAGGGAAAGAGCAAAGAGAGCUGAAGAAAGAUUAAAAGCAAUUGAAGAACGAGCAAAUAGAGCAAGGAAUCGUGAACAGAGAUAUGAAUUGUCUGACUCUAAGUCUAAUGAUAAUUCUGAUGAUGAUGAUGAUGAUUCUUCAUUUAAUGAUGAAAAGAAUUAUAAAAGAAAAAAACUCAAAACUUGUUUUCAUAUAGAUGAGAAGUCUGACUUAGAAUCCUAUAUUUAUUCAUCAGAUGAAGAACUUGAUAAUUCUAAAAGUAAACUUCUAAAUGGAAAUUCUAGAGGUAAAAAUAAUCAUUCCAUUUAUUUGAAUAAUAAUUGUCAUUCUGAACAAGAUGAAAGUGACAGAGAUGAAAUAGAUUCAAGCAGCACAUCAAGUAAAACAUCAGAAAUUUCUUUAAGUAGAUUUUAUAGAAAAAGAAAUUCAAAUAGGUACUACAACUAAUUAUUUAAAAGUGCUUAGAGAAGAUUCUUUGCAUCAAUUCAUAUAUAAUCAGCGUUCAUUAUCUUCACAAUUAUUAAUUGAACAAAUUUUUCUGUCUAAAAGAACUUUAAUUUAUCUUGUUGAUUGUUUUGAAACUUCAUUUCAAUUGGUUAUUGAAAUUUCAAUAGAAGUUAACUAUUGUAUAAUUCAUAGAUAAACAAUUCUUUCAUAAUUUUUUUUAAUAGUGUCCAAUUUAUUCUUCUUAUGUUUAGUGUGCACAAUAUUUAAAGCAUCAUAGUAACAUUAAAUAUUUAUUUUUUCUAAGA